AUGGCGGCUAAAGUCUUGCAGUCAAAUCUUGACGUUGACUAUGUCAUUAGCUAUCGGCUCCCCACUGACAAAGGAGAAGGUACCGAACAAUUCAAGAAACUCAUUCGUGCCCUCGCAGAGACAGGUUUGACGACUGAGGUUCGAAGAGGGGACGAAACCUCCCUAUUGGUCUUUGUCAAGGCUGCCAGUGAAGAUAUACUCGCACAAGUUGUCUAUAGAUCACGAAUCAAGGACUGGCUAUAUGGAGUCCGUCAGAUGCAACCUACCAGCAGUCCUGCUGAUACCCUAGCUCGUGAACCUUUGACCGAUGCUGAACGCCAUCGCCAGAUUCAUCAUAUGAUAUGCUGCUCGGCUGAGGAGGGUGGUGCUGGUAUCACACCAAAACAUGGCGAAUGGAAGAAUGUAGAGGCUGUUUUCCCACUACACGACCAUGUUAAGAACAAGAAAUGGAUGACCGAGUUCACUCGAAAGACAUUUUUGACUGCAGAUGAUCUGGACGAGAUAAGAAAUACUAUUGGCUACUAUUAUGCAUUCCUGCAAUCCUAUUUUACAUUCAUGAUCUUCCCAGCCGCCUUCGGCUUCUCCUGCUGGGUACUCCUAGGAAACUUCUCACCAGUCUACGCAAUCGUCAACGGAUUAUGGUGCGUCAUCUUCGUUGAGUAUUGGAAACGUCAGGAACAAGAGCUGGCCAUUCGAUGGAAUGUGAAGAAUGUCUCAGCCAUCGAAGACAAGAGAAAGGAGUUCGUGCCCGAGAAAACAGUCACCGAUCCGGUCACCGGUGAAAAAGUCUCCUUCUUCCCUGCCAAAAAACGCCUUCAAAGACAGCUCCUUCAGAUUCCGCUGGCCCUCCUUUGCGUCGUGGCACUUGGAGCAGUCAUCUGCACCUGCUAUGCUAUUGAGAUCUUUAUCUCAGAAGUUUACGACGGUCCUCUCAAAUCCAUCUUGGUCUUUCUCCCAACCAUCAUACUCACCCUAGCCAUACCUACAAUCAGCAAUUUCCUCACUCAAUUCGCUGAAAGGUUGACUUUCUUCGAGAAUUACGAAACCCAGGAAUCACAUGACAAGGCUAUGAUCUCCAAAGUCUUCGUCAUCAACUUCAUCACUUCGUACACAGCCAUCUUUCUCACGUCCUUUGUAUAUGUUCCCUUCGCCUCUCUACUGGUUCCUUAUCUCGAUAUCUUCAACCUGACGGUCAAACCCUUUGCUGAAACUGAUAAACAAUUUGAGGUCCCCGACCCAGCCACUUUUACCAUAAAUCCAAACCGUCUCCGCAAUCAGAUGAUUUAUUUCGCGGUCACAGCCCAGAUUGUCAACUUCGCUCUUGAAACAAUCAUGCCAGUCCUUACACAGAAAGGGACCCAAAAAUACAAGGAAAUGCAAGAAUCUCGGGCCGAGAAACAAGGAGGCGCUGCUCCAUCCGUCUCAGCGAACGACCCACCCGAGGAAAAGGAGUUCCUUGCGAGAGUCCGCGAAGAAGCUGCUCUCCCAGAGUACGAUGUUACGACUGAUCUGCGAGAAAUGUGCAUUCAAUUCGGCUACCUGUCACUCUUCUCCGUCAUUUGGCCCUUGACACCAGUAUCCUAUUUCAUCAACAACUGGGUUGAGCUCCGUGGAGACACGUUCAAGUUGACCGUGGAAUGCCGACGACCCAAUCCGGCCCGCGCAGACUCUAUCGGUCCUUGGCUAGACAGCCUUGUGUUCCUCGCAUGGCUAGGCAGCCUCACCUCGGCCGCGCUGGUCUACAUGUUCAACGGUGGAGACGGGCCUGACGGGAAACCUCACGCAAUCAAACUGUGGGCGCUCCUUCUGAGCGUCUUCCUCUCGGAGCACAUUUACCUCGUCGUCAGGGUUAUCGUGCGCUCCGCCAUCAGCAAGCUCGAUUCUGCAAACCUCCGCAAGGAGCGGAGCGAACGCUUGAUGGUGAGGCGCAAAUACCUCGAAGAUGCGGGCCUGGCUGAUGCAAUCAAGCCACUUACCAGCGCCCCUAACAGCCCUCUUCUUGAUGACUCCGGCGAUGCUGCCUUCAGCAACAUCACGAAGGAGAGCCUCGAGGAUGAUGCCAGGAAAGACAGCCUCCGAGAUGCCACGCCAGCAACCAAGUUCUGGAACCGUCAGCGUAGCUGGCGCGAGACUGAACAGGUCGGUCUAGGCAUGAUUGACCUGAUGGAGCUGGGUGGUGGGAAAGCCGAGAAGAAAUUACAAUAG